AUGGCCACGAAUGGUGCUUCGGAGGCCUUUGCGCCCCAGGAUGUCCUAUCGGCUAUGGUUACGAUGCGUGGUGGCGAGCAAGAGAACAAGAAGAAGGCGCACGCCUACUUGGAACGGUUCCAGAAAUCUAACUCUGCGUGGAGCACCAUCUUUGGUAUUCUCAAGGACAGCGCAGAGCCCGAGGCCCAGCUCUUUGCGGCCAUUACGUUGCGCGGAAAGAUCACCUACGACCUUUCGACGCAAGUCCCAGAAGCCGAACUCCCUGCGUUGCGGGAUCAAAUCCUUCUCCUCCUCAAAGGCUUCGCCGCCGGCCCCAAGCCGAUACGAGUCCAGCUUUGCGUCUGUCUGGCAACACUAGCGGUGCAGAUGACGGCAUGGAAGGACGUCCUUCCCACGGUGGUCUCGUCGCUCGGUGACAGCGUCGAGAGCCACGCAGCCAUCCUCGACUUCCUGCGCGUACUGCCCGAGGAGGUGACCGAAGGCCGCAAAAUCACCUUAACUGAAGAAGAGCUUUCCGAGCGGACCAAGGAAUUGCUGGGUGACAAUACGGAUCAGGUCGUGCAGCUGCUCAUCAACUACUCACAAUCUUCUGCAUCCGCCGCCCAAAACCCGCAGCUGAUGGAGUGCAUCACAUCAUGGCUGCGCGAGGUCCCCGUCAGCACCGUCGUCAACUCCCCCCUCCUCGACGUUAUCUUUAACGGUGUGGGCAACGAUUCGGCUUCCCAGGAGGCGGCGGAAUGCUUGUGCACAGUCUUUAGAGAAACGCGGGAUGUGGAUGAUAAUCUGGAAACAAUCCAGAUUCUGCUCCCCCGCGUUAUUGCUUUGCGUCAAAGAAUCGCCGUGGUUGUCGAAGAGGAGGACACCGAGAUCUACAAGUCUCUGACCAAGAUCUUCGCCUUGGCAGCCGAGGCCUGGGUCGUGGCAAUUGCCCGUGAGCCCGGCCAUUUCAGGCCCCUCGUGGACGCUGUUCUCGAGUGCGCCGCCAGAGACAAGGACCGCGAUGUUAUCGAGCACACAUUCCAGUUCUGGUACGAGCUGAAGCAGUACAUUGUUCUGGAGCGCUACAUUCAGGCCAGACUGGAGCUUGUGGACAUUUACUCGAAGUUGGUCGACAUCUUGCUCACGCACCUGCGAUACCCGCAGUCCGAGUCUGCGAGCGAGACGGAUCUUUUCGACGGUGACCGCGAGGCCGAGGAGAAGUUCCGCGAAUUCAGACACCAGAUGGGCGACACUCUCAAGGACUCUUGCGAGGUCAUGGGAGUGACGGACUGCCUCACAAAGGUGCUCGAGGCCAUCAAGGUCUGGAUGCACAGCUACGCCGGUCAGGCAACGGCAACUUCAGUUCCUCACUGGCAAGAGCUUGAAGCACCCCUUUUCGCCAUGCGUGCCAUGGGACAGAUGGUUGACAAGGAAGAGAGCAUUGUCCUGCCUCAACUCAUGCCUCUUCUCGUCCAGAUUCCCAGCCACGAGAAGCUGCGCUUCGCCACUAUCAUGGUACUGGGCCGCUACACCGAGUGGACUUCGGCCCACCCCGAGUACCUGGAACCGCAGUUCAACUACAUUGUGACGUCUUUCCAGACGGAUUCGAAGGAAGUUGUCAGAGCUGCGGCCAUGGCCAUCAAGUACUUCUGCACCGAUUGCAAGCAGCUCCUGAGCGGCCAGGUGAUCCAAAUGCAAGAGUUCUACGACCAGAUUCUCGACAAGCUGCCCGAUCAGAGUCAGGAGGAGAUCACGGAGGGCGUUGCCAGCGUUGUUGCUGUGCAGCCGCCCACCGAGAUCUACAAGCUGCUCAAGCUUUACUGCGACCCGUUGGUGCAGCGGCUGAUGAACAAGGCCAACGUUGCGACCGAUGACAAGGGCAAGCUGGCGCUCGCAGACCACCUCCAGCUCAUCACCAUCUUCAUCCAGAUCGUGGUGCCGUAUGUCGGACCUGGUGAGGAGAACCCGGCGGUCAAGUACUGGCAGGAGGUCUUCCCCGUGUUGGCAACGAUCCUGGACAACUUCAUGGGCUUCGUUCCGAUUUGCGAGAGGAUCUGCCGCUGCUGGCGAAACAUGAUCAUCUCCUACCGCACUGCCAUGACACCCCUCCUGCCGGAGAUGGCCAACAAGCUGGCCGGCGGCUUUGCUGCGUCUAGACAAGGCGCGUUCCUCUGGGUCACGGCUGCCAUCCUGCGCGAGUUCUCUGAAGACCGGGAACACGUCAACCAAGAGAUUACGCAGAGCAUCUAUGCCUUCUUCGAGGCGCAGACCACGACAUUCCUGCGCGUCAUGAGCGAGCUGCAGCCGAGCGAGCUGCCCGACGUCAUUGAGGACUUCUUCAGACUCCUGAUUGACGCUCUUCUCUACUACCCUGGCAGGAUCGUUCCGUCAGAGCUCCUGGGGCCCAUCUUUGAGGCUGCCAUUUACGCUCUGACUUUGGAGCAGCGCGAUCCGCUCUCGGCGACGCUUCACUUCCUCCGUGACCUUCUCACGUACGGGGGUGAUAACCCUGCGACGUCUGAUGUCCUGCCCCCGGACGUGGCUGCUCAGAUCCGUGAGGUGGUGAGCAAACUUCUUGCCACGCACGGCGAGAAGCUGGUCAAGCAGGUCAUGGCUGGAAUGAUGAUUACAUUCCCUCGGGAUUGCUUCGCUGACGGUAGUGGUGUCUUGCUGGCCAUGUUCGAGCUCUUCCCCGCCCAGACGACGACUUGGGUUGAGAGCACUAUCCAGCUCCUGCCUCCGGGCACCAUCACACCCGCCGAGGCCAACCGACUCAUGGCCAAGAUCAGAGAGCGUCUCAGCGGCAACGACCCCACCGCCAUCAGACAGGUGAGGGCGCUGUUGCAAGACUUCACCAACACAUAUCGUCGGCGCUACGUGGCUCCACGUGAGGGUCUCGGUCAGCUGGAGGCAGCUCGCUUCCACUUCACUGGCUAA